CUCGCUCUGAUUGGCUAACUCUCUCUCCCGACAGGAAGUUGACGCUCCGUCAUGGCGGAGGUCAGUGGCAAAGUGGGAGCCGGAGUGUAUAAACUUUGUCCUUUUAAAACAAAUCCUACAUUCUCAGUAACCACUCGCUCUCGUGACGUUUUCGGCGCUUACCUGAACCUAAGAACAUUCGAGAAAAAUAGGGAGGAAGUUCAUCGCAACGGAAAUCAGACUCGCAGAACCUGCGCGUGCACUCUUGUUGCUCGGAGCUACAGCACCUCCGCUUCCCUCCGCAGCCGUAACACGGUGUACUACGACAUCCUGCGGGUUUCUCCAAACGCCACGCAGGCGCAGAUCAAGACCGCGUACUACCGCCAGAGCUUCCGGUAUCACCCGGACAGGAACGCGGGUAGCGCCGAGGCCGCGCGCCGCUUCUCGGAGAUCAGCGAGGCGUACACAGUGCUGGGGAGCGUCAGCCUCAGGAGGAAGUACGACCGCGGUGUGCUGAGCUCAGCGGACCUCCAGAGCGCCGGGAGACCGUCUCAGAAGGACACGGGACAGGAACAUCAUCAUCAUCAUCAGCGCUCGAGGUCUGCCCAGGGGCCAGGAGGAUGGAAGAAGCCCAUGUUUGACUUUGACGCUUUUUAUCGAGCGCAUUACGGCGAGCAGCUGGAGAGAGAGCAGAGCCUUCGCCGCUGGAGAGAGCAGAGAGACAGGGCGAGAGGAAAGGAGUCCCAGAAAUGGAGACUGGAGAAAGGGACUGAGAUGGCCAUCGGUGCUCUGAUAGGUUUAGGAGUUGUCCUUCUGUUCAGUCUGAAAUCAUAACAUUACUCAAUGAACUCAACUUAACUCACUCAUCGUCCACAUCGCUUUAUCCUGUACACAGGGUCGCGGGGGGCCUGGAGCCUAUCCCAGGAGACUUAGGGCAUGCCAGUCCAUACACACAUAUAUACACACAUUCACACACUACGGGCAUUUUCGGAAUGGCGUUUAAGCCUAAUCUGCAUGUCUUUGGACUGUGGGAGGAAACCAGAGUACCCAGAGGAAACCCGCCAAACACUGGGAGAACAUGCAAACUCUAUGCACAAACACAGACCCCGAGGCAAGAAUCGAAUCCUCAACCCUGGAGCUGCACGGCGACUGUGCUAACCAUUAAGCCACCAUGUUGCCUUUAUACAUAAAUCAUUCCUCAAAAUCAAUCUCUCAAAAAUUAAGCAUCACUGUCAAGUUAUGUAAUUAUACUUUGAAGGUGCUGUAGAUGCUGUAGAGUGUUGUUUGUGUGUCUGUGUGUCUGCUUCAGUGCCCUGCAGUAAUGUAGCACCCCAUCCAGGGUGUCCCCUGCCUUGUCUCUUAAGUUCCUUGAGAUCCGGCUCCAUCUGCCACCCCGCAUUACCCUAAAUAGAAAAAACUGUAUGGAAAAUCAAUGAUUGACCCGCCCCUGUUCACAAAGCUCUGCCCCAGGUUCUAUUAGUGUCUAUACAAUGGUUAACAGAGGAGAUGCAUUUAAACAUAAACCAGCCUUCUGAACUGGUAUUAAGGAUUUUAAACAGGUUUUCUCAGUGACCUUAGAUAAGUCCAUAUCUUUGUGAUUUAUGUAUAUUUAAAAAAAAUCAUGCUCUAGAUAUCUUUCAGCUUAUGUAUACAAGCAACUCAUAGACGCAUUGCACUCAAGGAGAGAAAAAAAUGCACUUUUAAGGACUUAUCUAGAUUAGAUUUUAGAGUUUGGAGGCACUGGAAAUCAAAUUUGGUCCUGGAGUUACCCCUCCUUAUUCUGCACAUGUAACUUUUCCCUGCUUUUUAAUAAGAAAUUUUGGCUAAACAUCAGCUGAGUAGCUGCAUCCUGUGUGACAGGAAUGGAAAAAAAUUAAGAUGCAAAACUGUGCCUUACACUACAUGUUCCUUUCCAGAAAAUGAUGCACACUGAAAAGUGAACUUUAAUUAAGCUUAGAAGUAGAAUUCAUAAUUUAAAAAUAAUAAACAACAGCUCAGUUCUGUCAUGUUGCACAAAGAUGGGAACUAAUCUGGAAAUUCUUUCCCGAUCAAUAAAGUAUCUAUCUAUCUAUCUAUCUAUCUAUCUAUCUAUCUAUCUAAAACCAAGAACAUCUCACAGAAUUUGUUUUUGCCUUUAAAUCAUGUGCUAUGGACGUUUGAGUCAAACCUGUAACUUGUGAUGACGUUUCUCACGAAUAAAUGCAAAAAACAUUUACAGAAGUCUUCAAGCACAGAACGGUGAUGAUUAUAUAGAGAAAUAAAAGUAUAUUGGUAGACUUGUGUUCUGUUAUUCUCCCCAAUCAAAAGUCUCGGCUUGACUUGAACGUGCCACUAUUUUUAAAUACACCUUUUUUUCCCUUAAAUUUAGGAAAUUAUAAAUGAUUACUAAGGUACUGGUUUUCCAGAGGUCUUUCAAUUUCAGUUGAUUUAUCUGAUAAUGAAACUUCAGCAUCUGAUUGUACUUUUUUGCUCCUAACAAAAGUGUUAUUUAUUCUGUUUAAGCUCUGCAGCUGGAUAAAGCAGAGCGUCUGCUAUAGCGUGCAUCAUAUUUAUUUAAUCUCCGCUACUGUUUCUGACUGUAAUCUGAUUUGAAUAUCCUGUUCACAUCUGCAUCAUUUGCACAGUUAUAGAGUAAAUAUUAUUUUACAAUCCACAGCCUGUAACCUCAUGACAUUAACAAGAAGAAUACCUCAAGGUUA